CACUUGAUCUGUCUUGAGGGAGUUAUCCUAUUGACUUUGGCAGUCCCUGUAUGAAACAACUGAAAUCUGCAAAGAAAAUAGAACUACGUACUGAAAAAUUUAUUUCAGGAUUGAUGGAUUGAUUAGAUGUUAGUUUUCAGCUGUCUUGGUCAGAGAGAUCUUUUAGGUACAACAGUUUUUAAUUUCUUGUCAUUCACAUUUUCUUUUUGCAUUUUUAAAAAGGACAUUCCUGUCAGCAACCCAGUUCAAGUUAACCAUGACGACAUUCACAUUUAGUGUACUUGUCAUCACAAUACUGAUUCAGGGCAUAUUUGGUCAGGAAGUCAGCCCAGAGCCAGUUAUUAAAUUUAAAAUAAAAGAAAAUUUUGAAUCUGCUGUACCCACUUUUCCAACGCCCGGUUCAGGUUCAUCAAGCUCCGGGGUUUUUCAGAUGAAUGGAAUCAUACCUUCACUUGCUGUGACAGCAGAAAGUGGUGGUGCACGAUCUGAGUGUGGUAUUGGUGCAUUGAUGCCUUGGAAUGAGAAUCUUUACAUGGUGUCUUACCUGUCUGUACCCAAUGCUGGCAAUGGGACAGGAUUGUACAAGAUUGACCCCAACUUCCAGAUGACCAAACUAGCAAACCACACCUCAACAUACGCCAAUCGACUCCUGCACAAGCAAACAAGCAGGAUUGUAAUUGGUGCUUGGGUCAUUGAUGCUGAAGGGAACCUGUUUGAAUUUCCUGACCUUCUGCAUGUGAGAGUUGCUGCCACAGCUGAACAUCUCACCAACCCUGAAAGACUGGUGUACAUGCUGGGAAUGGAUGGCCCCUUGUGGGAGUGUGAUAUCCUAUCGCUUACCUGCACAGAGCUGUUUAAUCUGGUCACUACCUUGAAGAUUCCAGCGAAUAUGGGAGAACAACCUCAUUUUAAAGCAGCUCACACAUCAAAUGGUCGCUUGCUUGUGACCAGCAAUACUUUUGAAGAAGCUGACUUCCUCGGAACCCAGCAUGGAGGACGAUUGGCUGAAUGGGAAGGACCAGGAAAAAACUGGACUAUUCUUGCCGACACUGCAUUUGUUGAGGUGACUGGUCGCCACAAUUUUGGAUCAGUCAUCUAUGCAUUAGGCUGGGAUGCCCUUUCAGUCAUUAUGAAGGUUUUUGACCCUAAAAAUGGCUUUUGGCAGACCUAUCGUCUGCCUAAAGGAAGCCACGCUUUUGACCAUCUGUGGCAGACAGAGUGGCCUCGCAUCCGAGAAGUGGAGACUGAGAGAUAUCUGAUGGACAUGCACGGACUGUUCUAUGAGCUUUCUCCCUUAGGCUGGGGAGGCAGUACCUGGGGAUUGCGUCCCAUCUGCCAGCACAUUCGUGUGAUCCCAGACUACACCUCCUAUAGGGGCUUUCUUGUUUUGGGUGGAAACCAAGUUUCUUCCAUCUUUGACAACAAUGUGGUGACUGGCCAAUCUCAGUCAGGCCUUUGGUUUGGCAAGACUGAUGACCUGUGGAGCUUUGGCAAGCCACAAGGCUGGGGUGGUGUUUGGCGCAGAACAAAUGUAGAGGCAAAUGUAGCUUCUGAUCCAUAUCUGAUGACUGGCUUUGACCAGAAAGUCCUGCAUGUUUAUGCUAAUGAGCCUUUGACUGAGACAACAAAAAUUACUGUCCAGGUGGAUGUGACUGGCUCAGCAGGACAUCUGAUGCAUGAGCCAUGGCUGAAUUACACUCAGAUUAUUUUUCUAAACUAUAUGUUAACUACUACAAUUUGGUAUUUCCAAGCGGCUUUAGUGCUCACUGGAUUAGGCUUGUCUCUGAUAGAGAUGCCUAUUUGACAGCUUAUUUUCACUACACGUGAGAAUCCCAUGCGACAAGGAGACCACUGAAAGAACAAAUACUGGGAAAACAUUAGAGCUAUGGUUCCACUUCUACUCAUGAGCCUUCCAUUUCAUUAUAAUCGUUGCUUAAACUGUGUCAUAACUUUUGAUCCAGCAAUGCUUCUUGUGAAACUCACUUUAGUUGUAAGCUGUGAUUUUAAUUCUUUGUUUACUGUCUGACACUUGCUGUGAAAUUUGAUUGCUGAGUACUGGGCCUCUAGUAAACUUUUCUGAUGUGCAUUGCUACCAGUUAACAUAUCAUCUAUAAUACUUGAUUAAGGGAACAUUAAUGGUAAAGAUCAUCAGCAAAUCAGAUUUUUUGGAUUUUUGUAUUUUCAUGCUAGAGGGAAAAAAUGCUUUUAAUUCAUGAUUCAGUUUUUUUUUAAACAGUUCAUCAUAGAAACACCUACUAAUGCAAGUACAGUUUUCAGAGAGCUUUAACAGCAUGAAAUGCUGUAGCUUUUUUUCACAAACCAAUUCUAUGAGUAUCAGAUGUAAUGACACUGUUUUGACUUGCAACAUCAUGUAGAAAAAAAUUCUUCGGUUUUACAUUGUGUCUUUUAAAUUUACUUUUCUUGAAAUGUACACACUGCAACUGUUUUGGUAUUGAAAACAAACCAAACAAUACUCUAAUGCAUACUGCACAAUCCUCUAAAUAUACAAUUUAUAUCAUUAAUGCAAAAAAGCACAAACCAACUGUCUUUCUGUGUUUUACCUUGCUGAGUGUUAGUCCCUCUGUCCUCACUCCCUCUCAUUUUUUGACACGACCUCAAACUGCCUAUGACAGGGCAGCUGUAUAAUACAGAUAUAAAUAAUUUUGAAUUUAUUGUAUUCUACAAUUAUACAUUAAACUGUAUUUAUACAAAU